AUGUUUCGUUUUCGACAAUUACUGAUUUCGUCAUCGACAAUCACUCGUAAUCACCCUAUAUUGUAUAUGUGUGUGUCGGCAGCAAGUACUUGGUGUGAUCCCCUACCAAAAUUAGAGAUCCAAGUACCUGAUCCACCAGAAGAAUGUCGUACUCAUUCGCAUAUAUUUGCGAGAUAUCUAACUGACAUAUACAACCAGUUUACUAAUUAUUCAGUGGAACUAACAAGAACAAUGGAACGUGCACAUUCCGAAAUAGAUCAUCAGCGUCUAAGUCAAAUUCGAAUGUUAACCACAGACUACCUCAAAGUCACCAAUCGAUUUCAUCUACGCGGUGCGAUGGAAUUUAUUCGCGAAAAUAAGAUAAAAGCAGAGUGUCCACCGAAAAUAGGUUUACCCGUCGAUGAAUUAUUGAAAAAUCUAUUAAACGAAAAAAACUUUAGAAAUGAGUUCGAGAUCGCAACAGAAGUCAACAAUCUUGUUCUUAAGGAUACUGGACGUACGUUCAUUGGCCUUUACCAUUCACUAAGUCAACAUGCUCAUGGUACCAACACAUUCACUAAUAUACAUAUUGAUUCUCAAAUAUUACCACCACUUGAACAAUUUUGUACUGGUGUUUUAUUUAAAAGAUAUAAUAUUCCGUUCACAUAUUUAGAUAGACACGCUAACCUUUGCAAUUAUCCAUAUAAUCUCUCUGCGAUUACUUCUGGUCAUUAG